AUGCAGGAUCUUCUUGACUUGAAGCUGUACAAACGAGCGCCAUUUCUCGCCUACCUUUCCGCAUGUAACACAGGAUAUAUCUCAUCGGAAGGGCUUCCCGAUGAAGGACUACACCUUAUCAGUUCAUGUCAGGUGGCUGGUUUCCGCCAUGUCAUUGGGACGUUGCGCAUGGUCAACGAUGAGAUAUGUUAUCAUGUUGCCAAGAUGACCUAUAAUUGGAUCAAGAAAGAAAAGUUAACCGAUGAUUCCGUGAGUGAGGGACUUCACCAUGCUAUCAGAAGCCUUCGGGAUGAAUGGGUCCUUAAUGAUGAUGAAACGAGAGCUGAACAACGGAUUAGAGAGGCAACAUAUGGGAAGAAGGAGGAUGUAUCCCAGGAUAGGGAUAUGGUUCCCUUAGGCGGGGGAUCUAUCUCUUGGGCCCCGUUUGUUCACUUCGGUAUUUAG